GAGUAUUUUUCAGCAAAGAAAAAAGUUUUGUGUGGACCAAGGAGCCCGGCCGGCCCCACGGCCGCCUGCUCUUAUUAUCGCGUCUGUGAUUGGUCGCCUCGCCUGAGGCAGGGGGUGACGAUUGGUAAACAGUCUCCCUGGCAACCGGGUAACCAGCCUAAUGUCGUCUGCGACCUCUGACGGGCGUAGAUCUGUUGCUCAUUUCUCCAGACGCCGUUGAGGGAUAACAGCACGCGUAUUGACCGCUUUUGGCAGAUGGGGAAAGCUGACAAGAGCUUCCCUCGGUUUCUCCGAUAGCCGGACAACGUUUGCCCCGAUUGUACGGCUAAGAGGGUGGUGAUAUCGUGAGCCGACCGACCGCCCCCCUCCCCACCGGCUAUGGGAUGCGGAAGCAGCAUACAGGUGGCACCGCCAAACACUGAGGGUCUCGCGGGCGAAAUCCCUGGCGAAAAACAGCAGAAAGCCGUCCGCAUUCGGGAGAACGGCAAGCUCAGCUGCCCGGGGGAGUCCAGCUCGACGCUGGGCGGGGUCGAGCCUGCAGGGGUGACCGAGGAGGAACCCGGAAGGGACUCGGUAAAGGAGCCCGGCUUUAAACAUGAGCUGGGACAAGGAAGUGAUAAAGACAACCCUCCGGCAAGGACUCCAGAAGACCAAGCAGCUUUGAGCGAAGGGACUGAAUGUUUACAAGCACAGUUAGUAGCAGAGAAUGGAAGGACUAGCCCGGAAGGAAGUUGUGAUUCUGAGGCUGUAGUGCAGGAUACUAGUGAGGUAGGGGAAGACAGAACUUACGAAUCAAGGAAGGAAGAAGACACACAAGAUUCCGCCAUAUUUACGGAAGGAGAGAGAACUUUAACCACAUCUGCAGACGAUAGUGGUAUCCCUGGCGAUUCCGUUCAAAGGCGCUUAGUUUUUGACAAAACCAAUGCUGGAAAUGAUUCUGACGUCUUGGAGAAUACAAAGGGGCCAGACACCAUCCAGCCCGGGGAGUGGGGGCAGACGGACAGUCGUUGGGAACUGCCUGCCAUUGUCUUGGAUUGUGGGACGGACUCGGUGAAAGCAGGAUUCGCGGGGGAGGACACCCCAAGAGCCGUGGUGCCGACCGUAGUGGGGACACCUAGACACCAGAACGUGUUUAUCGGUGCCGACCAGCAGGACUGUUAUAUCGGCGAUAACGCAAUGGCGCGGCGGGGGGUCCUUUCCUUACGUCAUCCAAUCGUCAACCGUUACGUCAAAGACUGGGACGACUGGGAAAAAGUGAUGCAUCACGUGAUCACGACCACCCUGCGCGCGCAGCCAGACCGGCCCGUACUGCUGAUUGAGCCUGCGCAGAACCCCCUAGCGGAUCGGGAGAGGAUUGCAGAGUUGCUGUUUGAGGCUUUGGAUGUGCCCGGCCUGUACCUGGCGUCCCAGGCGGUGUUAGCGCUGUUCGCCUCCGGUAGGACCUCAGGAGUGGUGGUGGACUGCGGCGCCGGUCUCACGCACGUCGUCCCCGUGUACGAGGGGGUACCGCUCACACACGCCAUCCAGCGGAUCCCAGUGGCAGGACAGGACGUCACCGAGCACCUAGGCAGGCUGUUGGCACAGGCUGGACACGGACAGCUGAAAACUGAGAUCGUUAAUCAGGUGAAGAAUCAGCUGAGUUAUGUAACCAUGGACUAUGACGCGGAGGUACAGAGAAGUGUGACGUCACCAGAUGACGUACAGAUGACGUAUGACCUUCCGGACGGCCAGGUGUUGUCUGUGGGAGCCGAGAGGUUCAUGGCGCCCGAGGUGGUCUUCAGGCCCGAGCUUAUAGGAAAGGACUGUAGUGGCCUUCCCGGGGCAGUCCUCACCAGUAUCAUGCAGUGCGAUGUUGACCUCCGCCGGACGUACCUGGAGAACGUGUUCCUUAGCGGCGGCACGGCGUCCUGUCCCGGCCUGUUGGACCGCCUCUCCCGGGACCUGGCGGCCGUCGCGCCCGAGGACCAUCCCGUCACGGUCCGGCCCGCUACAGCGGACGUGCAGUUCUCAGCUUGGAAGGGAGGGUCCGUCCUGGCCGCUUUACGGUCCUUUCAGAACUCUUGGAUCACGCAGGAGGAGUUUGAGGAGCAUGGACCUAGCAUCGUCCAUAGGUGGAUCUAGCCCUAUCUAACACCACUGGCACAGCGCCGUCCAAAGAACAAUCUAGCCUCAUCUAGCACCACAUAGCUAUAGCAUCUUUAAAAGUGCUGCUACUUCCAGAACUCUUGGAUCACACAGGAGGAGUUUGAGGAGCAUGGACCUAGUAUCGUCCAUAGGAGGAUCUAGCCCUAUAUAGCACAACAUAGCGUCGUCCAUAGUAGAAUCUAGCCUUUUCUAGCAUCAACUAGCUAUGGCAUCUUUAAAAGUGUUGCUAAAGGUUGGGAGUCCUGACCGCUUUGCGGUCCUCCCAAAACUCCUGGAUCAGGCAGAAAGAUUUUGAGGAGCAUGGACCUAGCAUCGGUCAUAGGAUUAUCUAGCAUUAUCUAGCACCGCCUAGCAUCGUGCUGCUAUAACGGUUGGGAGGGCCCGUCCUGCACUAUUCACGACCCUUCCAGAACUCGUGGACCACGUAGGAGGACCUUGAGGAACAUGGGUUGUCCAUAGCAUUAGGAUCUAGCCUUAUCUAGCACCACAUAGCAUCGUUCAUAGCAGAAUCUAGCCUUAUGUAGCACCACCUAGCGUCAUUGAAGUGCUGCUAACCUAAUGGUUCUGUAAGUUUUUUCUGUAAUGUUCCUAGUAGAGUUUUAGCAUGAUUCGAAAUAUUGUAAUCAUGAAAAAUUGAUAAUACGGAUUGGAGACGAUUGUAAAUAUACAAGGAGCAAUAUAAACUUGAUAUGCCUCUGCAAUAUUUGUAAAUACUGCACACAAAACAAUGAAAUUUUAGGAACAGGGCAGGUCCCUAUACUAUAGCAAUGCACCAGGUAAUGGUGGUCCGCAUAGCAUAUCUGGGUUUUGCAUUCUCUGUUUUUACAACAAAAAUGUGCACCAUGAAAUACC